AUGGCUUCAGUGGGUCCUUCAUGGGCCUGGACGCUGGUACUUCUAAUGUCAGUUCUGAUCAUGGCAGAUACAGGUCUGACAGGCCAGAACCAGGCCUGCCAGGAAUAUGGGACUCGCCAGGCGGCAGGAACUCACCCGGAGGCUGGGACUAGCCAGGAGGUUGGGAGCCAUUCUCAGGGAGAGACCCGCCAGGAAAACGACCGAAUAUUAAAUGGCACAAACUGUCAACCCCGAACCCAACCUUGGCAGGCAGCUCUGUUUCUGCAACCAAACAGACUCUAUUGUGGGGCAGUGCUGAUCCAUCCACGCUGGGUGCUCACUGCUGCACACUGCCAGAAACCCACUUACAUUGUUCGUCUGGGCCGGUAUCGUCUCCAUGGGGCCGAGCCGGGCCAGAGGAUUCUCCGCGGCGUCCAGUCCUUCCCUCACCCCAGAUAUACCCGGCCGGCUCACUCUAAUGACCUCAUGUUAAUUAAGUUGAACGGAAGGGUCACCAUGUCAAAAAGCAUCCAAAGCAUCAAGAUCUCACCUCGGGCCCCAAGGCCUGGCACCCAGUGCCUUGUUUCAGGCUGGGGAACCACCAGUAGCCCUCAAGUCCACUACCCCCAGGUUCUGCAGUGCCUUAACAUCACAAUCAUGUCUCAGGCGGCCUGCCAGAAGGCCUACCCCGGGGAGAUUGAUUCUACCAUGUUCUGUGCCGGCGAUGAAGCGGGCAAGGACUCCUGCCAGGGUGACUCAGGGGGCCCUGUGGUCUGCAAUGGAGCUCUUCAGGGCCUCGUAUCCUGGGGGGAUGUUCCCUGUGGACAGCCCAACAAGCCUGGGGUCUACACCAACCUCUACCUCUUCAAGAACUGGAUUGAAGACAUCAUCAAAAACCACUAA